GCUUGUCGUCUGAAGUCUGAAGAAAUGGUGUGGAGCCGGCAGCGGGGUGUUCCGCUCGAAGCGGAAUUCGUCAUGCACGAGCUAAGCCACUGCCACAUGGAGUAGGCACGCUUGAUCGACACUCUCACUUCGCUUGCUCCAUCUAGCAUACCGCUACCAACCAUCAGCGCGGUGUCCUCCUUAUCCAUCAACCACCUCAGCACAAUCUACACCUACCGCGAAGAUGAGUUGGACGGGGUUCAAGAAGGCGGCGUCCAGAGCCGGGACGCAGGUGAUGAUGAAGACGGGUCACGUCGAGAAGACUACAGACCGAGAAUACGAAGUUGAAGAGCGACGGUACCGAACACUUGAGAGCGCCAGUUUGCGAUUACAGAAAGAAGCAAAAGGCUACCUAGACUCGCUCCGUGCCAUGACCGCGAGCCAGAUGCGGAUAGCAGAAACCAUUGACGCUUUCUACGGUGAAGCCGGUGCGAAAGAUGGUGUGUCCCGGAGUUACAAGCAGGCGGUCGAAGAUCUAGAUGCCGAGACUAUCAAGGCGCUUGAUGGACCUUACAGAACAACCGUACUGGAACCCAUUAACCGCUUUUGCGCGUACUUCCCAGACAUCAAUGAAUGCAUAAAAAAGCGCAACCACAAAAUGCUUGACUACGACGCCAUGCGCUCGAAAGUGAAACGGCUCGUCGAGAAGCCAGACAAAGAUCCGGCUAAGCUCCCACGCACGGAGAAGGAGACUGAAAUGCUUGCUCCUCCAUCCCACACCCCAGCAUUUCUCAGCACAAACAGCUUACCACUCCGGCCGAACCGGCACGACGAGGACACGACACCACCUACUCCCAAGCGCCGCAAACCAAGCCUCAGCCAUAGCCCAAGCAUGGUCGCCGACAUUUUUAAGCUUCACAAAGCCAGUCGUGGAGGACUCGCGCGGACGCCCUUCUUCCACCCUUCGGAGCUGGAACAGCUCAUGCAGCCGUUGAGGCAAGCGUAUGUCGAGAGUCAGGCUGACGAGCUUGUGCAGGCGAAAGCCGCGUAUGAACAGUUGAACGAGCAGUUAACGAAUGAGAUUCCGCAAUUGAUUGAUCUACGGUAAGCUCUCACAUCACAAAGAGUGGAGACUUGGACAGAUCUUUGACGAAGUCUAAUCAGGGUACCAUACCUUGACCCCUCGUUUGAGGCGCUGGUAAAGAUCCAGUUGCGAUUUUGUGCGGAAGCGUAUAGUCGCAUGGCGCAGGUUCAGCAGUACGUUGCAUCCCAGCUUCUCAACCUUCUGCGCCGUCUUCAGGCGGUCAU